AUGGAAAGCAUACUUAAAUGCAGUGCUUCAAAUAUUCAGCACAAGAUGGCUGAAUGAGAUAUAAAAGAGUGGUAUUUAGACUAUAAAGAUAUAAAUGCAGUAAUUAGCAAAAUUUAUGAAAUACCUUUUAAUCCUUUAGACAAAUUAGAGAAGAUACAAUUGAAUGAAAUGAGCUUAGCUUGGGAAAUUAUUUCACUACUAUUUGCAUUUACUGCUGAUUUUAUAUAA